AUGAAAUUUCGCAAAUCGUCGAGGUCCAGCCCGAAAAUGGAAUUGCUCUCGAGGCGGUCGUCGAACGACAGGAUGUCGAGCCUGAAAAGGUCGAGAUCCUUUCGCGCGUCCAUGAAGCUCAUGUCGAAGCUACGCACGCACGCGAAUCUGCGUUUGAACGCUGGCUUCGACUUGUCGCCCGUACCACCUCACGAGCAAAAGAAGAAAGGCAACAAGCUUCGCCUGGUCGAAGAAUCCUCCGGUCCAGCCUCUAUCGUGCAGAACACCAAUGACGAUCCUUCGAGGAUCGACGAUAAACCACCUGAUAGCCCUAAUAAAAAUUCUCUCUCCUCGAGCGAUACGGAACCUCGAGAGAUCAGCAAGGAUCUGAAGAACAAGCUGUGCUUAACCGACAGGAUAAUGGGCAAAACUCGCAAGGAUCAAGAGAAACCUUCUGCGAGAAGCAACGAAGCUACGUCGCCUAGAGUACCGCGUAUAUUUCGUUGGAAAAGCAACGAGGAAACGUCCUCUGUAUCGAGUAUCGAGAGAAAAGACGUCCUUUAUCCCACAGUUCACCUGUCCUACGAGAAUCCCACUUUCUCUCUGGACACUUCCUUGGAUUCUUCCGUCUCUAGUUUUCUCUUCGAGCCGUUGGAACACUCGGAUCACGGCUCGAACGAGAUCCAGAGCAACCACGAGUUGUCCUACAAGUCCUGCCAGGACACUGAUUUGACUGUGAUAGUGGAUUCUCGGGGUGGAAGCAGGAAACAGGGGGAUUUCCAGUGCAAUAGAAACGAUUGUCGUCCGUUGUUCACUGGGAACAAGGCGAGGAGUUUGUCGGUGAACGACGUGGUCCUGCAGGACGAAGUGGUCGCGACGAAUUUGGAGUUGAACGUCGAGGACGGGUUGGAUUGCCAGGAUAAUCGUGCAGGGGACGACCAGAGCGGUACGAAGGGGCGUAAGUCGUUGGAGAAAAUUAGGAAAACUUCGGUUUGCUCGUCAAAGUCCUGCAGGAUCAGGACCGUGGAUAAUAUCGCGAACUUUUGGACGAACGCCCGGGGCGGAAGCUUCCGUAGCAAAGUGUCGGUCGGGAGGAAGAAAUCGAUGAAAGAUUCGAGGGACCAAGAGUCCAUCGGGCAGGACGGGGUUCUCGUUACGAGCGUUUACGGAUCAAAGCUGUACUCUUUGCAAGGGAUGGAGUUCCUGGAGGGUUUCGGGAAGAAAAAACAGCAGCCACAUCAGCAUUCGAACAAUAUAUCGUCGGUGCACAUCAAUCCCCUAACGGCACAGUCUCUCAACAUACAUCUGCAUGCCCUCUUCGCUGCCGUGGAACAUGGCCACCUGGACAAAGCGAGAACAAUUUUGGAGUCGACAGACGUGGACGUGAACAGCGUGAACAGCGACGGCCUGUCACCCCUGGAUGUCGCGGUGCUCAGCAACAAUAGGCCGCUUGCAAAAAUGCUGGUCGCGUUCGGCGCACAGGAGGGUAAUCAGUUCAAAUCUCCGGAGUCCCUGGGCAGCCAUUUGGCUUCGUUGCUGUCCGAGGCGGAACACAGAGUUCAAGAACUCGGCGGGAGUACUUCCGGUAGCGGCGGGACCACCCUUCUGGAGCCACCGAGCAGUCAUAGAUCAAGUUUUUCCUCGCAGCACAACAAUCUCACGGGAUGUGGUGGUAGUACCGAGGACAAACAGCUUGCUUUAUGGGAGAGAAGAGCUAGAGCGCUCAGGAAGAUGUUGCUUGGGUUCGAUCAAGCCAGACCUCCGGAUAUGCCAUUCUUGGUCGCUGUCGACGUCACGGGAACGAACUCGGUAACGGUGAGGUUCCAGGAGCCAGAUUCCCACGAUUCUCCUAUCUGCACCAAGUUCAAGGUCCAAUGGAGCAUUAAGGAGGAUUUCUCGGUGAUCUGCGGGGAGAGAGAGGUUCUGGACAUGAAACAACGAGAGUGCAGGAUCGACGAUCUCAUCCAGGGACAGAAGUAUUACUUUCGAGCAGCUGCUGGUAACCUGAAAGGUUACAGCAGGUUCAGGAACUCGACUCCUGCACAUGUCACUCCAAGCAGCUGGAGGGACAUCGAUGGCAGGGUGCCAAGGUUUGCCGGCCGAUUGGAGCAAUUGAACACUCUGUUCACGGAUAUAAGGCGACCGGAGUACACUCAAGAGACGCCAGCCGUGCAGAGGCGUAAUCACAAGAAGAAGACGACGAUAAAACAGCUGUUCACCGCGACCAGCAAGUUCCAGAAGAACCUGAGGCGCGGUGUAUUCCUCGCCUGUUUGCUCUAUCACGAGGACAAGGUGCUGGUGACGAACGAGGAUUUCUUACCUGUGAUCGAAGUCGACGAGACUUACCCUAGCUGUAUCUACAACGAUUUCCAUUGGCUGAUGAAGGUGGCCUGUACCUGGGACGACGUGAAAACCCUUCGUCAGGACAUGGAGAAGAGCCACAGUAGCUCGACGAAUCAUUUCAGAAUAAAACUGUUGCAGGCCGCUGCACAAAUGCAGGCAGCACUGUGUAUACAGGACCUUGGUCAGCUCUACCAUAAGCCCAUCAGAGACAUUCAGGGAACUUUGGUCUUCUCCACUGUGAAUUACAUAAAGUCUCCUAAGCUAAUUUCAGUGUUGAACAGCAGAUGGCUACCACUGAACAAAGUCACGAAGAAAGUCAUAACUCACGAAGACAGCAAUGUGGCGGACAUCUUAAUAGCCAGUAUACAAGAACAGAUGACCUAUCACCACGUUAGCAGCAUUAAACUGUCAAAGGGACUUUACCUUGGUUAUCUAAAGAUGCAGAGCAGCGUGGAUCUAAUUCAAGUGGUGGUGCCCGCGAAAGCGCCUAACGUUUUACCUCACUGCAAGAUCCGCGACAAUCCGCAUGUCUCUGCCGAGGAAUGGGAUUAUCUGAAGAGGAUAACUCGCAUCCACGCAUCAGACACUUUGGUGAAGGACUGCGAAGAGAAGGAGAACGUGACGAACGAGUCUCUAGGCACGGAGCAACAGAAAUUGUUCGUCGACCUCGUUGCCGCUACUGCAAGGCGAUUGUUCAAUUACAUGGAGAUCAGCCCUGAAGAUUCUUUGGUCCACCGACUCUACGACGCCGAAGUAAUCGAUCUUACUCACGAUGUGUCCUUCCUGAUCGCCGUGCCUCCUGCAGAAACCGCCUGCUGCGUACCCGGAACCCGAGAGAUCCUCCUCCAACGCGGCGAUCUUUUAUCGUUACCUAUUCAAGUAUUCGAGAUGGUCUAUUUGAACACCUAUCAGAAAGACGUGAUAAACAGAUACUCGAGACUAAGUUGCAUUCUCGAACUGGAUACUGCACAAGCUCAGCACAACCACAGAGAAGCAUUCAGUUCCUUAGAAUUGAGCGUGGCGAAAGAUAAGUUAGCCAGGCUGCUGGAUCUUCAGAGUCAAGUGAACACUGUAUGGAAAGGAGCUAGAUGGCUCAUAGACGUGAUAACCUUCGCGAGGGAUCGUGGAUCCUCUCAGCAGAGCGGUUCGUCGCAGACAGUCGGAAUAUCGAUGAAGCACCUGCUCAGCCUCGACAGGAACAAAAGCAACAGUAACAGUAACAGUUUAAAGAGGAGUUUACUGCAAUUACCACCUCGUGAUCCAAAACUGGUCAAAUCUAGUCCAGGUAGAGGUAGCUGGCCAGGGCCUAACGUGACCAGUUCCUCCUCCAAUCUACUCACCACCGAGUUCAGCAAGAGUGAGCAACAGUUACCCAGUGGCCAAUACGUUCGUAAAGGCAGCAACACCUCCAAUGUGUCUACAGGCUCAGAGCCACCAAAAUCUUCGAUUCCUAUGAGCAGCACCAGCAAUCUGAGCAACACGACCAGCGCUGGUAGCAACAACCACUUGGUACCAUUGCAGAACACGAGGUUACCGCCUUCUAAAUCUGAGGACACUUUGAUCCUAACGAAAUACAAACACAGUCCAAGAAAUAGAUCAGCUACCAUCACCUCUGCAUCGGCCAGUACCAGUCCUUUGCUCAGUAUAAAGCCUAUCAUCUACGGUGGUUCGCUUCUCAGCGUAUCCACGGCCAUGACGAACACCACCAGCCUAUUGAGCGUGAGCAACACUAAUUCAGACAGUUUGCACUCGCUCAGUAGCGAUGAAUAUUCCACGCCUAAUUCGAGUGUCUGUAUGAAGAGCGGGCACACGAAGAGCAAGUCGUCUAAGCCUACUGCUAGCGUGGCGGCAAUGGCGACAGGUUCGUUGGAGAGUCAGCUAGAGGAGGAGAAAGACGAAGCAACGAUGAUGCCAGCACCUUUGCCUGGCAUUCUUCAGGUUUACGCGGCCUACGAGACCGGUUUGGCUUCUGGAACCAGCCUGAAACUACACGUCACCCCGAGGACCACAGCCAGAGAGGUCGUGAACCUGGUUGUGAAGCAGCUGAACAUGGCGGUGGUCUUGAAAGGUCAAGAGGAUCCAAUUUACACAGCAGACGAGCUACCAAAUUUCUGCUUGGUGGCCGUGAUAGGUGCAAGAGAGCGUUGCCUCAGGGACGACUUCAAGGUUCUUCAGCUUCAAAACCCUUGGAAGAAGGGAAGAUUGUACGUGAGGCAGAAACAGGACGUCUUAGCGGCUCUCGAGCACAGCAGCAAACACACAGCGUAUUUAUAGCAUAAGUAAAGGGAUGGAGAGGAAGGAGAGAGACGGAAUCUCCCUGUCUACUGAUAUAAGGAACAAUUGCAUCCUUUUAAUAAUUGGCGAUAGAGGCCAAAGAUCACUUAGUUCGAUGCGUCGUG